AUGGUUCAUCUAAUCGAGCAGGACUUCGGCACGUUUAAUAAGGACCCAGUGAAGAAGUUUACGUGGCAAACUAAAAGUGGCGUUAAAGUCUCUGUAAUUUCCUAUGGUGCUAUUAUACAAUCAAUUUUGGUUCCCGAUAAAUCUGGACAACUGAAAGAUGUAGUGCUUGGCUUCGACGAUCUUCAAGGCUACGUAGACAGGAAUACGCCUUAUUUGGGAGCGAUGGUGGGGAGAUGCGCCAAUCGUAUUAGGGGCGCUAGUUUCCAAAUAGAUGGCGUUAUGUACCAACUGGCGAAGAACCUUUCGGGUCACGACCAUUUGCACGGAGGGAUCGUUGGUUUUGACAAGGUUAACUGGAAAUCAAUGGUGGACGGAUCAAAGGUCAUCUUCAGUUAUCUGUCCAAAGAUGGAGAGGAGGGAUAUCCCGGGGAUUUGCUUACUAACAUCACUUACGAGGUGACAGACGCGGGCGUUAUACAAAUUGAGUUCACCGCUACCACUACACAAAAGACCGUAGUUAAUCUCACUAACCACUCGUACUUUAAUCUCGCCGGUCAUGAGAUGGGGGCAGACGAGAUAUAUAAUCAUGUGAUAUCAAUAAACGCGGACAAAAUUACAGAGACUACGCCUCAGUCUAUACCAACCGGGGGGUUCGUGAAGGUUGGAGGUACUCCAUUUGAUCUACGUAUACCCAUACGACUUGGUGAUGCCAUGAAGCAAGGACAAAAUUUGUUUGACGACAAUUUCUGCAUUAACACCUACGGAAACAAGGAGCUUAAUUUCGUAUCGCGUGUCAACCACCCACAAUCAGGGCGGUAUUUAGAAGUCCACAGUGACCAGCCUGGUGUUCAGCUGUACACUUCAAACUUCCUUCCCUCUCCUGAUGAGCCAGCGUUAAUCGGUAAAUCUGGAGUAGGAUAUAGACGCCAUGCUGCAUUCUGUUUGGAAACCCAGAACUAUCCAGAUGCGAUCCACCAUCCCAAUUUCCCGAGCCCUAUUUUGAAGCCUGGAGAAAUUUAUAGACAUCGCGUAACAUACAGUUUUGGCGUAGUCAAACAUUUAAAUGAACCUGAAGUUAUCGGAUACUAA